UGAUUCUGCAAUCAUCAGCAUUAAUUAUAAGAGGGAACUGAGAGAAUCUCAAACACAGUACAAGUGGUCGUUACUGAGGCUUUUAUCAUGGGGGAGUGGUCUUUCCUGUCUGCUUUGUUGGACAAGGUGCAGUCCCACUCUACUGUUGUGGGGAAGGUCUGGAUGAGUGUUCUUUUCCUCUUCAGGAUUUUCCUCUUGGCUGCUGGCAUAGAUCGCAUAUGGGGAGAUGAACAAGGAAAUAUGAACUGUAACACCAAAAGCCCUGGCUGCAAGAACACCUGCUACGAUAAAUCUUUUCCUAUAUCUCACCCACGCUUCUGGGUCCUCCAGAUCCUCAUUGUCUCCACACCAACACUUAUCUAUCUGGGUCAUGUCCUGCUGGUGAUUCGCAGAGAAAACAAGCUGAGGAGACGCCUCGAGCAGAAAAUUGGCAAGAAUGGGGUCGUUAAACUUCCAAAGUAUUCAAAUGAGGCUGGCAAAGUGCAGCUCAAGGGUGUCCUGCUGGUCAGCUACAUUCUGCAGCUGCUGUUCAAAAUCGUGCUUGAAGUGGCAUUCAUUGUAGGCCAGUACUACAUCUAUGGCUUCAUACUUAUGCCUUAUAAGAUUUCUUUUUCCCAGUACCCGUGUAAGCAAACAGUUGACUGCUUCAUAAGUCGUCCCACAGAGAAACGCAUCUUUAUUAUCUUUAUGUUGGCAAUGGCUGUCCUCUCUGUGAUCCUCAACAUCAUAGAGAUAUUCCACCUGAUCAUCUCAAUGAAGGAGAGGAAAAGAAGGGGUAGUGGCUCAACCCCCCAAGAGAUGUACAGUCUCAACAAACCAAACCACAGUGAAAAAGUUACACUUUGCUGAAGGACUGUGAAUGUUGAGCUUUCAGAUAACGCAGUCUGCAAAGGACUUACUUCUAGCUCUGUUCAAGGCUGUUACACAUAAAUAGUGAGAUGCCAUAUUCUGUUUUAAACUGUAUCUUGUGUACUGAUAGCAAAACAUAUGUUUAACUAUUUACUUCCAGCUUUAAAUAACUAUCUGUGGAAUGGAAGGAUAAAUUUUAUUUAACACUUUCUAUCAAACUGCACGAGUGGUCAAUGUAAACAUGAUCUGAUCCAAGAACUAUUGAAUUUAGAGUUUAGCUUGUGAAACCAAAAUUUGGGUUUACGGUUAAAACAGGGGAAUCGUUAAAAGAGCUUUCCACAUAUGAUCAACCAAAGGAUAGAGUUUCUAGGAAGGAAAGCCACAUUCUUCACAUGAUGUAGCUGAAGCACUGGUUCAGGGUCAGUCUGAUUCAGGUUUAUUUUAAGAGUUCCUCUAUAUACAUGAGUGACUGUGACCAAUUCAGGGAGCAUACUUAAUUAAAAGAAAGAUAUAAAGUGAAUCACAGAGAUCAUCUUUUGCUCAUAUACAGUGUGUGUGGAACACCUUUUUUGCAUGGUGCUUCAUCUGGAAACAUGGACUUUUCCAAAUGCCUGUAAAAAUCUGAUAAAGGAAGAGGCUGGUAGACUUACCAGUUACCAAUGUUUUCAAUAAUAUUUUGUCAAUGUCUUUUGAAAUCACUUCAAAUUAGUUUAGUAAUACUGCUGUGUUGCUUACAAUGGAUCAGAAGUGUAUAUUCAACAACAGUGUCAAUGAGUUUUAUUUUCUUUUAUCAAAUGAACUGUUUUUAUCAUUUUGCUUCGUCAUCUUAUGUGUGCUAAUACUAAGUACAGAUUUCAGUAACAACUUUUUUGCACAAAUUGAAUUAAAGGUGGAUUUCACUGCUUCCCUUUAGCCUAAGAACUCAAACGUGUGAAUUUGUAUGGGUACAUGCCAUGUCAUGUCUGAACAACGUGGUUG